AUCAUUGCAGAGAAGUGAUUCACCAAACAACGGCGCGAUUUUUGAGAACUCGAACCGCGAAUGGAUUCGCUGGAAGGUGGUAGCUGCUGGGAUUUCCUCGAUUACAGCUUGAUCGACGAUACACCGCCGGCGCCCACCGAUUUUCUUUGGUCCAAUCAGAGCGUGAGCUCGGGAAUUGACUUUUCAGGCGGGGCUAUUGUUCCUCAAGAGAGCACCCGGAAGAGAAUACGCCCCAAUUUGUCAAGCAAUCCAGGAACAAAAGCUUGUCGUGAGAAAAUGCGGAGGGAGAAACUGAAUGACAGAUUUUAUGACUUGAGCUCUGUUUUGGAGCCUGGGAGACCUGUGAGGACUGAUAAAUCGGCUAUACUUGAUGACGCCAUCAGAAUCUUGAAUCAGCUUAAAAAUGAAGCUCAGGAACUCAAAGAAACAAAUGAGAAGUUGUUAGAGGAAAUAAAAUUGUUGAAGGCAGAGAAACAUGAACUUCGUGAAGAGAAACUUGUCCUGAAAGCAGAUAAAGAAAGGAUUGAGGCACAGUUAAAAGCACUGCCAGUUUCACCCGCAGGAUUUAUGCCUCCCCAUGCCGCUGCUUAUCAAGCUGGGGUCAACAAAAUGGCUCUUUUCCCAGGCUAUGGUUACUACCCCAUGUGGCAAUAUCUGCCUGUGUCCGCUCGUGACACAUCGCAGGAUCAUGAACUCAGGCCUCCAGCUGCUUAGUGAUUGGUGACUCUUAGUGUGCCCAUUCAACAAUGUGAUGAACGGGGAGGGGUAGUUACAUGUAAAUAGUUUGAGAAGUAGUUUUUUGGCCUAUUCACUUCAGCUAAAUGUUGCGCUGAAGCAGGCUAAAAUAUUGUUUGAAGGAAGUAACAUGAAUUGCUACAGACAUGCAUUCCAAAUUACAAUAUAUUGAUUACAUAUUCUUCAUGGUUCCUAGUAA